AUGGUCGCCCUCGGCCUCUCUCAUGCCACUCGCGCACUCUUCGCCAGCGGAGCAUCGUCUUUCCUUGGGACCCCCUCGGCCGGUUGUGACAUCUCGUCGUAUAUCCCUAGCCUUCCCUCGAACCAGACACAACUGGUCAUACCGCCAGCCGUGAGCCCAUCCCACAUCGGCCUCGCCUUCGGUGUGCAAAAUUACACCUGUUCCUCGUCCAACACUUUCACAAAUGUCGGCGCGGUGGCGGAGUUGUUCGACGUAUCCUGCGUCGUAAACGAGUCCUUCUUCCAGUCGCUCCCGAACAUGCUCUACAACGCCUGGACCUCGCUCGACGAUGGCUUCACAAUCCUCGACAUCAUCGACAUCCUGCAUUUCGCGAACCCGCCCGAGGUGCUUGCGCAGCACUACUUCGUGCCGAACCCUGUCACCGGCAGUGGCUUGAGCCCCAAGUGGGACUUUACGUCGUCAGGCUUUUUUGAGGGCGUCUCCAACGCGUUCGUCAUCGCGAAGGCCAACGGCACGUUGCCCUCGCCGGAUAACAGCACGCUAGAUAUUACAUGGCUCGAGGUCACCAGGGUCGAGGGCGAUAUUGCGAGCACGGUCUUCCGGCUCAACACUAUCGGUGGCCAGCCUCCUUCAACGUGUUCUUACGGCCAGAGCCAGAACAUUUCCGUCAAGUACACUUCGAACUACUUGUUCUAUGGCGGGAAUGCUACGAACGCGACUGCAAACAACUGA